AUGACGUUGGCUGACACCCCAACAAUUUCCCUCACAGUUGUCCCAUAUCGCUUGGUAAUUUUGGCGAGUGAGCCCGAGACAAUUGUGACCUGCAUCUAUCGUCUCAUGCACAAGCCCCCUUCGCUGAGCGCUGAUUCAUCUCUUCCAAAUGAUAGCAUUAUCCCUCUCGAUAGUGCUGCCACUGUUGCUACUUCUGGUUGUUGCUCUGGUGACAACUCCCAAACUAGUCAUGGAGUGCUGUCGACCUUUAUUGAGGAAAAAUCAUGGACAUCCGUACCCUCUGGAGGCUGGCCGGGGCUGCGAAUCCUUCGGAUAUCAGCUUCCUGGCUGCCUUGUCUGGAGAUUUGUGCCGGUCUUUUGGGGCCGUCCGACCGAAUGGCGAGCACGACCUCCCAACAAUCUGCUUCGGGUACAUCUGGUGUGGGUCAUAGGUGUCUCACAGGUCAGCAGUCCCAUCGCCAGCUCCACAACUGCCAGCAAAAAUAUCAUAACCCCCGGCAACAGCAAUAUCAGCAGUUCCAUCAGUCUCAUUCCCGCUCACAACAGCAAUUACAGCAGGCGCAACAGUCCGGUUCAUCAUAUCUGCGCUUUCAAGAUUUGGAUUCAACCGACUAUGUAAGUCUUGGUGCUUUCGCAGUAUCUUAUUUUUACUUCCAUCACUUCUAUUAUCCACUCAUGCAUAUUAUCAUAAAAUCUAUAUCCUCACAUUCAUUUACUUUCUCUGGGAUUCACUGA